AUUGUUCUGCGCAUUGUUAGGAGAGGAGGGUGUUGCCAGGCGUAGGACGGACCUGUACUGUGCUCCUGCUCUCUCAGUACUCUAUUAUUACUCUAAUAUUCACGUAGUUAUAUAUUAAUUGUUGCAACAAAAUAAUUAGCAUCUAAGGUGGCAUAGUAUCACGGGAGAGGUGUUGACCAUGAAGUUCUCUGAGAAGCUGAUUCAAGAAUUCAUGAAGCCACACUUUGAAAACAACAAGACACGUAUCAAUGCAGAUGCCACCAAGUUGGUUGCAGAGAUAAUGCGGCUGGUAGCAACAGAAGGUGCAACACGAGCAGCGCAUCAGGCCAAGCAGGAGGGAGCAGACAUGGUCACCAUAGAACACCUGGAGAAAAUUCUUGCACAGUUGUUACUGGAUCUAUGAAGUUCGAGAUGGUAUUAGUAAAAUUACUCGUGAAGGUAGGUGUGUUUUCAAAAUCACACGUGUUUGCCUAAGAAUCAUCCAUAGCUGGCUGAUAUUGGAUUUGCAUAGUUGAAACAUGGAAAUGUGCAAUAGCCUAAGCCAUCAGACUGCUAUUAAUCACUGCAAUCUAUUGUUAGGCAACUAGUGUUUGAAUUAAAUGUAGGGACCAAUUUAAACUGGGCAGCAAUUUGUAAUUAAAAUUAAUUUCUGUAGAAGGAGAUGCAUAUCAGUAUGCAGUUUGUACAUCUUUAUAUGAAAUAAUACACUAAACAAAUUACA